GGAGCAGCCGGAGCUGGAGGAGGAGGAGCGGGAGGCGCUCCCGCCCGGCGAGCAUGGGGCGCCUGGCGCCGAGGCCGCUGCUGCUGGCGCUGCUGUCGCUGGCUCUUUCUCGAGGGCGCGUGGUGAGAGUCCCCCGGGGGAGCCUGGUCCGCGUGGUGGGCACUGAGCUGGUCAUCCCCUGCAACGUCAGCGACUAUGACGGCCCCAGCGAGCAGAACUUCGACUGGAGCUUCUCGCCCUCGGGGAGCAGCUACGUGGAGCUGGCCAGCACCUGGGAGGUGGGCUUCCCGGCGCAGCAGUACCGGGAGCGCCUGCACCGGGGCGAGAUCCUCCUGCGGAGGACGGCCAAUGACGCUGUGGAGCUCCUCAUCAAGAACGUGCAGCCCUCCGACCAGGGACACUACAAGUGUUCAACCCCCAGCACCGACGCCACCGUGCAGGGCAACUAUGAGGACACGGUGCAGGUUAAAGUGCUGGCCGAUGCCCUGCGCCUGGGCGCGCCCCCGCAGUCGCCCCGAGGCCUGAGCCUGCGCGAGGGCGAGCCCUUCGAGCUGCGCUGCUCGGCGUCCACCGCGUCCCCCCUGCACACGCACCUGGCGCUGCUGUGGGAGCAGCGGCGCGGCCCGGACCGGCGGAGCGUGCUGGCCCUGACGCACGAGGGCAGGUUCCGGCCCGGCCCCGGCUACGAGCAGCGCUACCACGCGGGCGACCUGCGCCUGGACACGGUGGGCAGCGACGGCUACCGCCUCGCCGUGUCCCGCGCGCUGUCCGCCGACCAGGGCUCCUACCGGUGCGUCGUCAGCGAGUGGAUCGCGGAGCAGGGCAGCUGGCAGGAGAUCCAAGAGAAGGCCGUGGAAGUGGGCAGCGUGGUGAUCCAGCCAACAGCUCUGCAGGCAACCGUGCCCAGGAACGUGUCUGUGGCGGAAGGGAAGGAGCUAGACCUGACCUGCAACAUCACAACAGACCGUGCGGAUGAGGUCCGGCCCGAGGUGACCUGGUACUUCAGAAGGACGCCCGACAGCACCCUGCCAGGGCCCCACGUGCUGGCGCGGCUCGACCGAGACUCCCUGGUGCACAGCUCUCCUCACGUGGCUUUGAGUCACACGGACGCGCGCUCCUACCAUUUACUGGUGCGAGAUGUUAGCAAAGAAAACUCUGGCUACUAUUUCUGCCACGUGGCACUCUGGGCCCCGGGGCACAACAGGAGCUGGCACAAGGUGGCAGAGGCCAUGUCUGCCCCGGCCGGGGUGGAUGUGACCUGGCUAGAACCAGAAUACCAGGUAUAUCUGAACGCUUCGAAGGUGCCUGAGUUUUCCGACGACCUCACCGAGCUGGAGUGCCGGCUGGUGGACCCGAAGGGCACCGAGGCCAGCGUCCGCUUCACGGUGUCCUGGUACUACCGGGUGAGCCGGCGCAGCGACGACGUGGUGGCCAGCGAGCUGCUGGCGGUCAUGAACGGGGACUGGACGCUGAAGUAUGGGGAGAGGAGCAAGCAGCGGGCCCAGGAGGGCGACUUCAUUUUCUCGAAGGAGCAGAUGAACACGUUCAGUUUCCGGAUCCAAAGGACUACGGAGGAGGACAGAGGCAAUUAUUACUGUGUUGUGUCUGCUUGGACCAAACAGCGUAACAACAGCUGGGUCAAGAGCAAGGACGUCAUCUCCAAACCCGUCAACAUAUUUUGGGCGUCAGAAGAUUCCGUGCUUGUGGUGAAAGCCAGGCAGCCAAAACCAUUCUUUGCUGCAGGAAAUACAUUUGAGAUGACUUGCAAAGUGUCUUCCAAGAAUAUUAAGUCGCCACGCUACUCUGUUCUCAUCACGGCCGAGAAGCCUGUUGGGGAUCUCUCCAGUCCCAACGAGACCAAGUACAUCAUCUCCCUGGACCAGGAUUCUGUGGUCAAGCUGGAGAACUGGACAGAUGCGUCACGUGUGGAUGGCGUGGUGUUAGAGAAAGUGCAGGAAGAUGAAUUUCGCUAUCGAAUGUACCAGACUCAGGUCUCAGAUGCGGGACUGUACCGCUGCGUGGUGACAGCCUGGUCCCCUGUCCGGGGCAGCCUGUGGCGCGAAGCAGCGACCAGCCUCUCUAAUCCUAUCGAGAUUGACUUCCAAACCUCAGGCCCCGUGUUCAAUGCCUCCGUGCACUCAGACACGCCGUCCGUCGUGCGGGGGGAGCUCAUCAAGUUGUUCUGCAUCAUCUCUGUCGAAGGAGCAGCGCUGGACCCAGACGACAUGGCCUUUGACGUGUCCUGGUUUGCGGUGCACUCCUUCGGCCUGGACAAGGCGCCCGUGCUCCUGUCUUCCCUGGAUCAGAAGGGCAUCGUGAGCACCGCCCAGAGGGACUGGAAGAGCGACCUUAGCCUGGAGCGCGUGAGCGUUCUCGAGUUCCUGCUGCGUGUGCACAGCUCCGAGGACCAGGACUUUGGCAACUACUACUGUUCCGUGACUCCGUGGGUGAAGUCCCCAACAGGUUCCUGGCAGAAGGAGGCCGAGAUCCACUCCAGGCCCAUCUUUAUUACUGUGAAGAUGGAUGUGCUGAACGCUUUCAAGUACCCCCUGCUGAUCGGCGUGGGCCUGUCUACCAUCAUCGGGCUCCUGUCCUGCCUCAUCGGGUACUGCAGCUCCCACUGGUGCUGCAAGAAGGAAGUCCAGGAGACUCGGCGCGAGCGCCGCCGCCUCAUGUCCAUGGAGAUGGACUAGCCGGACCCAGAGCUGGGAUCGCGAUGGAGGGCCGGUCCGGGAGCAGCGUGGGCGAGGAGAGGACAGUGACCUUGAACGCGACGUGUGUUGCGCCUGACCCCGUCCUCUCUAAUCUCAGGUGGGACGUGGCGGCGCCCCCCUCUGCAUGUCAAGUUCUGAGCGCGGGGGCGCUGCCCGGCACACGGCUCUUCUCCCCACGGCACUUUCUGAUCGAACAAUCGAGUGUGUGUUCUCCCAACUGCGGCUUUUUAAUGGUUAACCUUUGUCUAAUUUUUUUCUCCUACUGGUUUAUAGAUCCUCUGGCGUGUGUGUGUUUCUAUCUUUCGUUUCGAGGGGUUGCAGUGAGGAGGGGGCGAUGGCAUUCGGAGUUCUUGGUCUGGGGUGAGGAUGGACCAGCCGCCCCAGAGCCGGCUUCCGAGCGGGAGGCUCACGGAGGGCAGCGGCUGGCGUGGCCUCCGCCCCGGCGUGAGAUGACCCGGGCCUGGAUGAGAGCUGACUGUGGCUUCCACGGCCCUACCCUACCCCCUAUUUUCAGGGGUUUAGACGACAUUUGAGAUCUAAACUUGCAGUAUGUAACUUCUUCUUGAGCCCAAAUGCUUUUCUUUUUUUUGCUUCUCUGCCCCCCUUCCAUUUCUUUCGUACUUGCUUUAUGUGAGAGUGCUGAAAUGGCAGCCCUGGAAUCUAGAACUUGCUCUCCACCGAGCACCUUAUCUUGCCACCUUAGCCUUAAGAAUGAAUAUGAAGAAAAAUACACAGCCACCUCUCUCCAGGGCGGCCAGUGGCCUGCAGGAAGAGGAGGUUGGGGACAGGAAAGGGAUGAAGCUCAGUCCAGGGCUUGUGUGCCCGGCUGCCUUGGGGCCCGGAGCGGGACGGGGGUCCCGUGAGUCCCCGUCCCCAGCCUGUGCCGAACCGGUCAGUGGUGCCCCGUGUGUCAGGUGAACGAGGCUGCCUCCAUCCCUCCUGCCUGCCCUUUGCAGGAGAAAAGGCCUUGGCUACCACAGGGCCACCAAGGGGCCCACAGAUACCCCACGUCCCUCAUGGGCUUCUUGGGUUCCUUAACGUGAAGGCAGAUUGCUGCUUGCAAGACUGACUUCACAGAAUCAGAAAUUGCCUAGAAGAACCAUGCAUUUUCCAUGACCUUUUCAGUCCUUCAAGUCUUUUUAAGAUCCCCUCCAGGGGGCUGGUGAGAGAGGGUGUACUUUGUGGUGCGUUCGCUUUCCUGUUAGGAACAUGAAGGAAACCCAGCAAUUUAUUGCCACGUGAACAGCCUACAAAGUAGAUCAGGGAGCAGGCUGUCUGCUCAAUGGCUCCCACCGGGACCAGGACAGAGACCCAAAGAGCUCUUCACCCUCCCUGGAGCCUCCCCCAGGGCUGAGCACCGGCCUUCGGGCGGCUUCCCAGGGCUUCCAAGGCUCACUGCUGUCUCGUGACAACCCCCCCAGCCCCCGCAUCCCCGGUGCUUCUGUCCCGGCCCUGAAGGAUCUGACACUGCUCAGUCUUCCAGAAAGGAGAAAAGAUUCAGAUUCACUUGUUUUGAGCAAUAAAGUAAUACAAAGCGAUGGCCAUCCACGUGCAGCUCUUUGUCACGAGCAGAGCCACGUCCGGCCUGCUCGCCACCCCCUCCCUCCCUGUCCCGCUCAGCUCUGCAUGCCUCAGCCCGGGGGCUCAUCGCUGUGACUCUCCCCUGUGGUUUCUGUCUCCUGGAGAGAAGAUAGAUUCUAGGCUGCUGGCGCUGGCUCCUGAGUCCCAGCCCCCCAGUGUGGGUGGGGGGCAGGCAGCCAGUCACCACCUUGAGAGCGCUGGAUUUGGGUGUUUUCUGCAGGUGAUUUCCUGUGCUGUUUCAGAGCAGGUGGGCCAUGGCUGCUGGUACAAACAGGAAUGAAAGAGAUUGUACAAAAAGGAACCCUCUUCCAAACAUGGGAAAAUGUGCUGUGUUAGUAACAGCCAGUGCCCUUGAACACUUGCAGUUUCACACCCCGAAAAGAUGGAGGCUGUCCUCGGCCCUUUCUUAGUUGGAGGAUAGGAGAGUUAGCUUCGGACAUGACCCUGAGGCCCAGGGGUGUGUAAAACCACGAUGGGUCACACCACACGCUCAGUGGUGGCCAGUGCUGCGUGCUCACACACCACCUUGUCCUGCAGGCUGCUGUUGCAGGUCAAGGCUGGAGUUGUGGCUUUGACCCCAACCCUAUCCUCUGUCUGUUGAGCUGGCCGCACGGCAAGUCCGCCCACGGCUGUAGGAAGGGGGCGGACAUCCCAGGGCAGUGGACCUACAACCUCCCUCCAUGACGUACACCUGCCUGGCCCGUGUGUCUUUGGAAAGUGUGAGACACUUUUGUUGUACCAAAUAGGGCUCCCACAAAGUGCUCUUUGGAAGAGGUUCCUGCCAGGAUCACUGGUGUGAAUGAGAGAAAGACCAGCUACGAUUCUCAGAUGAAAUUGCACUUCUGAACUAAAAGAAACUUUAUAAAAAAACAUUUGGGUUUUAUUUCUAAUCAUAAAAGCAUCCCCAGAAAAGAGCCUCAGCUUCGUUCAGAUAGAAGCCUCGAAAUUAAAUUGUUUACUUUACAAUGUUUACAUACACUUUUCACUUUUUUUUUCUAAUAAAAAAAUACAAACUCUUGACUUUUGGACAACUUUUCAGAUUUUUUCAUGGGACGGUGGAACUCUGACUCACCAACUGGAUUUCAAUCCUAACUUGGAAAUUUAUUUAUUUGUAUGCCCACCCCUCCCACCACCCCAUGACUUUCCCUGUGACCCCAGUAAAGGAGGCCCCUCCUGCCCAGACCCUCCUCUCUUUUCCCCAGUGGCUCUUGCUUCUUGCUUUACAACUGCCUGCAGCCUUGAUUUUGUCACUGACAUCUGUGAGCCAAAGACUGAGCCUUUUUGGCAGGAAUAAUAAGCAAUACUACACAACUUGCUACUUUCAGAAAACUUUUUUAAUUUAGCUUCACUGAUGACAACAGAGGAAGAAGGGAACUGGGAUUUGGGUAAGUUCUCCUCCACUGUUCGACCAAAUUCUCAGUGAGAAGUAUUGUGUGCAGAUCAUUAGGAGAAAAAAGUUGACUUUGUUUCUUUUUUAGCGUGGCGCAUAAGGAUCUGCCGAAUUUUACGUAGACAAAGAAAGGGUCUUGUGUAUUUUUGUCCAUAUCCAAUGUUAUAUGAACUAAUUGUAUUGUUUUAUACUGUGACCACAAGUAUUAUGCAAUGCACCAUUUGUUUUUUAUUUCAUUAAAGGAAGUUUAAUUUAAAUUGAAGUUG